AUGGACGUAGUUACCUUACUAACCGAAUUAGAAGAAACCAAACCUACCGAAAAAGAUUACGUUUGUGCUGUUGCUGAUGAUAUCAUUCGUAUGGUAGAUGGAAAAACGAAACGUGUUGCCAUCUACGUUGUAUUCUUGGAAAAUCUUAUUUUGACGGAACCUUUCAAGCUUCUGUACUACAAUAACAAUGAUCGUGUGACACAACUGCCAGGAUUAUUCGCAAAACAAAAAGGAUUCAAUAUGUGGCAAACAAGAAUCAUGGUUUUGUCAGAAAAAGCUUUCGGCUCAUAUAAUGCUAUGAAAUUCAGAAGUGAAGUUAUUUCUAAAAAUAUUGCUUACUGCAAUAUUGGGCCUGGGUAUGAUUGUGACUCAGCUAAGCUAAUGAAAUUGAAAUGCGGACAUUGUUUCUGCAUAGAACAAUGGGCUAAAUGGUCGAAUAAUAAACGGACACCGUGCGCCAUCUGUAAUACGCCAGAUGAUGGAGAAAUAAGAUUGAAGCUCCGCCACGGACCUUGCCCUAUUGACAUGUGUAUCCAGGAUCAGAAUCCGAAUCAGCUAACUGCGGGUGCAGUCCUCAUUCCUUGCGGCUGUCGUAUCCGAUGUCAAAAAUUAGAAGAUGUUUACAACAAGUACAGAAGUGACAUAGAACCAAUUUUAAAAGUUCUCUCGAUUUGCCCGUAUGAUGCCUGUAAGAAGAAAGUCACCGACAUUAAACCCAUCCGUAUGGGUUAA